ACAUGUCUGGUUCCAAGUUCCAACCAUCAAUUAACUAGAUCAAGCUUUAAGUUCAAUUUGCAUUUUCAAAUGGCUUUCUCCAACUAUACUAUUAUCUUCUCUAUUUCCAUUUCCUUCACCAUCUCCUCUGCAACUCAAUUUACCAUAGAUACUGAUAAACAAACUUUACUUGCACUCAAAUCCAAUUUCCUAAGCAUUAAUUCAUAUACAACCCCACUCUCCACUUGGCUCAAUGAUCAUUCUUCCCCUUGCAACUGGACUGGCGUCACUUGCAGCCAACAGAGAGUCGUCGAACUCGAUCUCUCCGGCAUGGGUCUCGGGGGUCUCAUUAGCCCCCACAUCGGAAACCUCUCAUUCUUAACUUCACUACUUCUUCAAAACAAUCAGCUCUCUGGACCAAUUCCAGACCAAAUCGGAAACCUUUUCCGUCUGAACACUCUAAACGUAAGCUUCAACCUUAUCAAAGGAGAAAUCCCGACAAACCUCAGUCGUUGUACGAACCUUGUCAAUUUAGACCUCAUGCAAAAUCAAAUCUUUGGCAACAUACCCGACGACUUUAGCCGCCUCUCAAAGCUCGAGCGACUAAAUCUGGCACGUAACAAUUUCUCUGGUCAGAUUCCUUUAUCGAUCACCAACAUAUCGUCGCUGUCUUAUUUGAAUCUGGGUACGAACAGUCUAAUUGGAGGUAUACCGUCGGAGCUGGGAAACCUUAGGAAUCUCCGAGAACUUGAUCUUUCUAUUAACAACCUUAGUGGAAAUGUUCCUCAAUCUGUUUACAAUAUGUCAUCAAUGGUUUAUAUAGUCUUGGCCGAUAAUGACCUUACAGGUGAUCUUCCCACUAAUAUUGGCUUCUCACUUCCAAAUCUUUUAGGGUUGAACUUCUGCUUCAAUAAGUUCACCGGUCCUAUCCCGUCUUCCUUACACAAUCUUACCCGCAUUCGAAGUAUUCGAAUGGCAUGGAUGUUCCUACAAGGGUCUGUGCCGCCAGGCCUCGAGAAUCUUCAAGACUUGGAAAUGUAUAAUAUUGGUUACAAUAGGAUUGUUAGCAAUGGAGAUGAUGGGUUAAGUUUCCUUACUUAUCUAACCAAUGCAACUCGUCUAUCGUUUCUCGCCAUUGAUGGGAAUCUUCUAGAAGGGAGAAUACCAGAAUCGAUUGGAAGUCUUUCAAAGGACUUGACGAAAUUGUACAUGGGAGGGAAUCGAAUCUACGGUCGAAUUCCGGCGUCUAUUGGGAAAUUGAGUGGCUUGCAGUUACUGAACUUAAGUUAUAACUCGAUCUCCGGUGAAAUUCCACAGGAGAUAGGAAUGUUAACUUAUUUGCAGGAGUUGGAAUUGUCGGGUAACAGAUUAUCUGGAAAUAUACCGGUCUCAAUUGGAAAUCUUGAGAGGUUGAACCAGAUUUCCAUUUCAGGGAAUGAACUGGUGGGAAGCAUACCGACCGAAUUCGAGAAAUUUAAGAAUUUGAUUAAGUUGGACUUGUCGAGAAACAUGCUCAACGGAAGCAUACCAAAAGAAAUCCUAAGUCUUCGCAGUUUGAGCACAAUCUUGAAUCUCUCGAAAAAUUCUUUUUCGGGGAAUUUAGCUCAAGAUAUCGGAAAGCUGGACAACCUCGUCGCCAUUGAUCUCUCGAACAAUUUAUUCUCAGGUAAUAUACCCAACUCAAUCUCGCAAUGCAAAAGCUUGGAGAAGUUAUUAAUGGCGAAUAACAAGUUCUCGGGUUCAAUUCCAUCAUCUCUUGGAGAAGUAAAAGGGCUUGAAAUUCUUGAUAUUUCUUCAAAUAUGUUAUCCGGCACCAUUCCUAUUGAGCUCGAGAGCCUCCGAGCUUUGAAACUAUUAAACUUAUCGUUCAACAACUUGGAAGGACGAAUCCCAUAUGGGUUCGCCAACACAACUCUUGUCGAUCUUCAAGGAAACCAUAAUCUCGGCCACCAAAACCGGGUUGGAGGCCGAAAGAGGCUAAUCCUGAUCGUUACACUCAUUUGCGUACCAAUCCUCUUGGCCGUGUGCAUUUCCGUUUUAUGGGUGAUUUGUAUAAGGAAGAAGAAGAACAGAGUGAAAGACAAAGUGUUGGUGUUUUCGGAGUCAUUUAAGGGAAAACAUACGGCGGUUUCCUACAAUGACAUUAGAAUGGCAACGGAAAACUUUGAUCAAUUGAACUUGAUUGGUCGUGGGAGCUUUGGGUCGGUUUAUAAAGGGAGGAUUUGCAAAGGACAGUUUCAUGCAAUUAAAGUCAUCGAUAUGGAUCAGACAGGGUCGAUGAAGACAUUUGUGGCGGAAUGUAAGGCAUUGAAGAACGUUAGGCAUCGAAACCUUGUCAAGCUGAUCACGACUUGCUCGAGCACCGAUUUCAAGAAUAGGGAUUUUGUCGCUUUGGUUUAUGAGUUGAUGAGUAAUGGGAGCUUAGAGGAUUGGAUAACCGGAAAGAGGAAGCAUACAAAUGGAGAUGGUCUUAGCAUCUUGGAAAGACUAACAGUGGCCAUCGAUGUUGCGAAUGCGAUAAACUAUCUUCACAAUGAAUGUGAAGGUCAGGUAGUGCAUUGCGAUUUGAAGCCAACCAAUAUUCUCUUGGACGAUGACAUGACCGCAAAGGUGGCGGAUUUCGGGUUGUCAAAGUUGUUAGGUUGUGAGGAUCCUAAGCAAUCUAUUAGCUUAAGCAACACAUUCAGCUUAAGGGGCUCCAUUGGCUACAUACCUCCAGAAUACGGAAUGGGACAGAAACCGGGGGCUGCCGGAGAUGUUUAUAGCUACGGAAUAACAUUGCUAGAGCUGUUCACGGGGAGAGGUCCGACGGAUGAGAGUUUUGUGGGAGGGUUGAGUUUGAAGAAAUGGGUGGAAAAUGCAUUGGAAAGUAAUAGAGUAAAUGAAGUGGUGGAUUGUAAUAUUGUUAUGAACAUGGACAAGCUUUUGAGUGAAAAGGGAGAGUGUUGUGUGAGUGAAUGGAGGUGCUUAAAUGAGGUCCUUGAAGUUGGGAUUCUAUGCACGGUUGAUUCUGCUGAGGCUCGUCUCAAUAUUAAGGAUGUUCUUUCCAAGCUCAGGAAUAUCUCCCACACAUUUAUCAACUCUUGAAUCAACUAAGACAUUAUAAAUAUAAUUAUUAAUAUAUAUAAGAGAGUGAUUGUAACAUAGAAGAAAAUUAUCUAAUGUUUAAUAGAUACUAAAUUAUAUGUAGCUUUGGUUUUAAUAAGAAAUUAAAUAAAAAUGGAAAGAUAUCUCCAGUUCAA